UAUAUAAAGGCACCAAUACUCUCUUUUCUUUGAUCCUUCACUCCACAAUUCAAACAAAUGGCAAACACUUCUUCCACUCAACAAAACCAUCCCAAUUUUGAUCACUCACCAGAAUCAUCCUACUCGUGGGAUGAAAUCCUGUUUCAACAUAAUUCACUCCCAUUCAAUCUCAACGAUUCCGAAGACAUGCUUCUUUUCGAUAUGUUGGCAGCGAACCACGGCCCAACAAUAGCUGAUCAAUCAUCAGAAUCCGAUUCCUCAACCGUCAAAGAAGAAGAAGUAACCUCGGGUUCCAAAUUGGAGAAACCCGAGAAGGAGAAGGCCUAUAGGGGAGUAAGAAGGCGUCCGUGGGGGAAAUUCGCAGCCGAGAUAAGAGAUUCUACUCGACAUGGAAUUCGGGUGUGGCUAGGAACGUUUGAUAGCGCUGAGGCGGCUGCCAUGGCUUAUGAUCAAGCCGCGUUUUCAAUGAGAGGGACCGCGGCUGUUUUGAACUUUCCUGCGGAUAGAGUGAAGGAGUCAUUGCGCGAGAUGAAAUACGGGUUUGAAGAAGGGUGUUCGCCCGUUGUGGCGAUGAAGAAACGCCACUCCAUGAGGAAAAGACCGGUUGGCCGAAAAAAUAAAAAAGUUGUUUGUUCUGCAGAAGAAAAGAAUUUGGUGGUUUUUGAGGACUUGGGGGCCGAUUAUCUUGAACAAUUGUUGACUUCUUCAGAAAGUAGUAGCAGUAGUACUAUGAUUUCUUGGUAAUCUGUGCUGAUUUGAUAUUUUCAAGGGUAUGAUGAAAAUUUAGAUAGUGGGGUACAGGGGCGGAGGUACUGUACAAGCAGGAGUAGCACGAGUUACUUCUUAACUCUGUUUUCGUAGAGUAAAAAUAUCCCUCAACUCUGUCUACGCAGUGUAAUUUUAUUUCGUUUUAUACAAAUGAUACCCCGGAUCUCAAAGCUUAAUCCGUCAUGAAUACUGUACGAUAGAAGUUUUUUGUCAUCCCCAUUUUUGGGUUAGAUCCGUCA